AUGGCUUUAGAAUACGAGGGUAACAGUUGUAACGAGUCCAUAAGUGUUGAUGAAGAUGAUGCAGACAAAAUAAAUGAUGAUGUAAUUAAUCAGAUAUUGUUUAGAAAUUUAUCCGAGGAACAAAUGAAAAUUGUACAGGUGCCUUUGGACUAUAAUUUAUGUAUUAUUGCAUGUCCAGGGUCAGGAAAAACAUCAACUUUAACAGCCCGUAUUAUUAAGAGUAUAAUAGAAAGGAAAAAAUCAAUUGUCUGUAUAACAUUCACAAAUUAUUCUGCUAAAGAUUUAAAAGAAAAAAUAAUAAAAAAAAUAAAUUGUUUAAUAGAUUUAUGUACAGGCAAAGAUAUACAAAAUAAGCUUUUCAAUAGAAAUAAAAAUAUUGGAGGUACUAAAAUUCGAAAUAAAAAAUAUGAUAUUAAUAAAACAAUGUAUAAAAAUAAAUUCAAAGUUUUAGACACAACAAUAUUUAUAGGAACUAUCCAUUCAUUCUGUAGAUAUAUUCUUUUAAAAUAUAAAGGAGAGUUUAAAAUAUUAACGGAAUCAAUAAAUAGUAAUGUAAUAAAAAUGGCUUUUAACAACUUUUGUAAUUCAACCAUGUAUACAAAUUGUGGACUUGGAGGGGAUGGUAAAACCCCAAAUGAUUCCUCUAUAAUUAAUAAAAGUGAUAACACAUUUAAUCUUGCACAUUUUAUUAAUUGCAUGAAAAAUAAUAUAAGUAAAAACGAAGAAAAGAAAUUAGAGGAUGAAGCGAUACAAUCUGAGGGGGAAGAUGAAGAAGAAGAUGAGUAUUUUUUUAAUUAUUUAUACAAUUUUAAUAGUUCUAUGGAUAAAGGGAACUUAGAACAAAUGGGGGAAGUUAAAUGUAUAUUAAAAAAAAAAGAAAUACUUUUUUUAAAAAAAAAAAUAAAAUUAUUAAAAUAUGUUGAAUUGUAUAAUAUGACAAAUAUUGAAAUAAAUGAUAUUGAAAAGAAAUUUUAUGUAAAUUAUAAAAAAAUUUUUGAAAAGGAAAAAUAUAUUUAUUAUGAUUUUGAUGAUUUAUUGAUAGAAACAUAUAAAUUAAUGAAAGACAAUAUACCAAUACGAAAUAAAAUAUUAGAAGAAUGGAAUUACAUGUUCUGUGAUGAGUUUCAGGAUAUAAAUACAACACAAUUUAAUAUUCUGCAAUUCUUUGCUAACAUACAAUAUGAUGUUAAACCGAGUAUGGAUAACGAGUUUGGUGAUGAUGAUAUGAAUAUUUUUGUUGAAAAUGAUCCAAGUAAAUUCAUUAAAAAGGGUUCUAAAAAUAGUAAGAUACAAAAUAAUAAACGAAGUAAGACAAAGACAAGUAUUACUGUCAUAGGGGAUGAUGAUCAAUCAAUUUAUGCCUUUAGAGGAGCACAUGCUAGUGUUUUUAAAAAAAUUAUAAAAGAAUGUAAUUGUCUAUUAUUUAAACUAAGUACAAACUUUCGAAGUACAAAAGAAAUAGUGAGGAUAUCAAAUAAUUUAAUAUUAAAUAAUGGAAGUUGUAGAAUAAAUAAAAAAAUAUAUACAAAUAAUAUACCAGGACAAAAAGCAACUUUUGAAAUUUUCAAAACAAAUGAUGAUCAAAUAUCAUAUGUCUUAGCUCAAAUUAUUUUUUUAAAAAAAAUAUAUAAUUUAAAAUUUAGUGAUUUUGCUAUUUUAUCUCGUACUAAUAAAACUUUAAAGGAAACUCUUAUAAAUAUGAACAAGUAUGAAAUUAAAAAAAAAGCUUUAAAAAUGUUUCGAGAAUUUUGUAAAAAUUUAGAAAAUAAAAAUAUACCCAAUGAUACUCAUAAAAAUUGUUUAAAAAAUGAAAAACAAUUUGAGUCUACAACUGGUAGCACAACAAAUUUGAAAAGUCAUGAGGACAGUGUCUCUUCAAAAAAGGAACUUCCCUCUGAUAAAAUUAAAGAAGAAUGGAGCGAAGUAAAUAUUGCCACUUUUAACAUACCAAUAAAAGAAUUAAAUAAAAAAAAAUCAUUUUUUGGAUCGAAAGAAAUUAUACAAUUGAUAACGUUGCUUCGUUUUUUAAUAAACGUAAAUGAUGAUGUAGUUUUUUUAAAAUCUUUUAAAAUUAUAAAAAAUAGUAAAUUGAUAAAAACAAUUAUUCACAAGCUAGCUAAUAAUCAUAUUGAGCAAACUCACAAUAUCGCAGAUAGUCAUUAUGCUAAAGACAAUAAUAACAUGAACAAUCAUAAGGCCAAAUCAAGCAAAGAAAAUAUAUCUUUCUUUGAAAAAGUUAAAGCUAUUUCACAGUUGCAUAUAUUGUCUAAGAGAAAAAAACUUAGCGCCGAUCAGCUAGCCAUUUUGAAUAUAUUUACAGAAAAUGAAAUAAAAAUUAUUCUUGAUUUUUUUUUUGUUGUAAAUCAUUUUCUUAACAUUUGUUCGAAGCAUAAUUCAGUUUAUACUUUGGUAAUGGAUAUAUUAAAAAAAACAAACUUUAUAAAAAAAAUAAUGAAAAAAAUAGAAGAAAGUGCAGAAAAUACUGCUAACACAAUGAAUGAUGAACAAGGUGACUUGGUGAAUGCUAACAAUAAUUCAUCUCAUAUGGAAAAUUUAAUAAAAUGUAAAAGUGAAAAUGAUAUACCCACAGUAAGCCAUAAAUCAGGUAUUGAAAAUAAUAGUAAAGAAAAAGAAAGUACACAUAUAAAUAAUGACAUUAAUAGAGGGGAUUAUCAAAAUGUGCAUGGAAAAAAACGGACGUUUGAGCAAUGUAAUGAUAAUGCUGAAAUAAUUAAUAAUAAUAAUAAGGAAAACCCUAACAUAAUAAACGAGUUAGAAAUUAAGAAUAAUUUAAAGGCAUUAUUUAAUAUAAAUGAAGAAGACUAUAAUUAUAGUCAAAUACAAAAUAUAUUUAUAUUUUUAGAAAUAACAAGAGAAUAUAAACCAAAUUUAAUGGAACAAACAUGUUAUGAUUGUUUAAUAUGUUUUCUGAACGAUUUUAAAAAUAAUAUGCAUGAAAAAUUGUUAAUUGAAAAAGUUACAUUAACAACUAUACACAAAUCAAAAGGAUUAGAAUGGAAGGUUGUUUUUAUUAUAAAUGUUAUAGAGGGUGAAAUACCUCAUGUUUCUGCAAAUAAUAAUGAAAUAAUUGAAGAAAGAAAAAUUUUUUAUGUAGGUAUAACAAGGGCAAAAUAUAUAUUAUAUUUAUUAUGUUAUGUACAAAAUACUCAUAUGUCUGAAAAAAAUACUAUAUCACGAUUUAUAUAUCAAAUGAAACUUUAG